GGCGGCGGAGCGGGAGCUGCCCAGACGCGGCGGAUAUGGCUGAGGUACCGCCGGGGCCUAGCAGCGUCCUGUCCCCGCAGGGGGACACGCUCUCCCCCUUCCCCGGAGGAGGAGGAGGAGGGGGGGGGGGCGCUUCCUCCUCCUCCUCCUCCUCCGCCGCUUCCUAUGCCGCCGCCGCCGCCGCCUGCACCGGCGCCCAGGACGAGGAGGCCGAAGAGGAGGAGGAGGAGGAGGAGGGACCCGCGGGCGGACGGGAGCAGCAGCAGCGAGGAGGAGGAGGAGGAGGAGGAAGCGACGGCGGCAAGGGGGGCCCGCAGCACCGCCGCCACCACCGCCACCACCACCACCCCCCGCACCACAACCACCAGCUCAACGGCCUCAUCAGCCCCGAGCUGCGGCACCUGCGGGCCUCCCUCAAGGGCAAGAUCCUCGGCUCGGAGGCAGGGGCGGCCCCCGAGGGGCUGGAGAACAAGCGAGCCAGCAAAACAAUGGGCUCCGGACAGCAGCCGUCGUCGCCCCCCAGCGCAGCGCCCUGCUCGUCCCCCCACGCCAACCACCUCCCUCCCCAGGGAAGGACUGCACCCUCUCCUCCUCCUUCUCCCCCGGCUAAAGGGGACAGGAGCCAGCCUGCUGCCACAACCACGGCUGCUGCUGCUGCUAAGACUGCAGCCCGCAAUGGGCUGGCAGGAGAGACUGGCUUGGAGGAGGAAGAGCAGGAGGAGGGGGAUGAAGGAGGGGAGGAGGAGGAGGAGUCCCUGCAGCUACUCUCCGGGUCCUUAGAAGCAGCGUGCAGUUUGAAAGGCUCGGGAACGGACUGUCAGCCCGAGGAGGACCUAACGAUACGAUACGUCCAGUAUGAGUCAGAGCUGCAGAUGCCCGAUAUCAUGAGACUGAUCACCAAAGAUCUGUCUGAACCCUACUCCAUUUACACAUAUAGGUAUUUUAUCCACAACUGGCCACAACUUUGCUUUUUGGCCAUGGUAGGUGAGGAGUGUGUAGGUGCCAUCGUCUGCAAGCUGGAUAUGCACAAAAAGAUGUUCCGCAGAGGUUAUAUAGCCAUGUUAGCAGUGGAUUCCAAAUACAGAAGAAAAGGAAUUGGUACAAACUUGGUUAAGAAAGCUAUUUAUGCUAUGGUUGAAGGAGAUUGUGAUGAGGUUGUAUUGGAAACAGAAAUCACAAAUAAGUCUGCUUUGAAACUUUAUGAAAACCUUGGUUUUGUGCGAGACAAGAGGCUGUUCAGAUACUAUUUAAAUGGAGUGGAUGCACUGCGUCUGAAACUGUGGCUGCGUUAGGAGACCCCGUCCCAGCCAGCAAGCGACGUCCCAGCAGCGCAGAGUUGUCCUUUGCAUGCAUUGCAAUUUGUCCCAAAUUGCUUUGCAAGGUGGACUUUUAGUACUUUCCAUGCAGCUCUUAAACCUGUCAGUGUCCCAUUGAGUGUCGCACACAUUCGUUGCACUUUGGCAUGGCGCAUUUGUUCCGAAUUAAAGCCGAUUGUCUCAGACUCCGAGUCCUUUUGGUACCAGCCAGAUGUGCCAGGUGAUAGCCAAGAUAUGUUCAUUCAUUUGCAAGUCUGCUGACUCUUUAGGACAUCCACACAGUGAACGUUUUAGCAGAGAAAACCUGGAUGGGAACGCCGCGUUUUGUUCCCGAAAAUUCAAAAUAAAGCCAAUGUAGAUUGUAAAAUUCUAUAAGUAUACUAACAUUUCAUACAAAAAUUGCCAUAGUUUUCUGGGGAAGAAGAAGAAGAAAAAGAAAAAAAAGGCUUCAAUUUUAGGUUUUAUUUUUCAAUAUUGAAUUUUUCCAUUCUUAAAUAUUGGUACCUCAGUGAUUAGUGAAUGAAAAAAUGUAUUGUAGGGUGGGGUGUGUGUUACAACGAGUAACCAUUAAAUUGCGUCUGCCAGUGCCUGUAUAGAUAAGUAUAUUUGUCUUCACCUCUAAGUUUGGAGUGCAUGCUUUUAUUCUUUUACUUUCUUCAGUUGUCUUUGCAAGGAAAAAAAAAAAGAAAUCUGCUUUUAUUUAAAUUCUGGAUUUGAUAAUAAAUUAUUUCAGAUUUUUAUAAUUCGGAUACUUCUCCCAAACAAGGGGUUGGAAGGCCCUUCUUAUAGCAAGAAGUGUAAGCUAUUUUAAAACCUUGAGUAGCUGCUAAAAAAACCUGGUGGCACCAGUGAAUCUCUGCUGGGUUUGGAUGCACUUUUGUCAUUAAAAGAGUGAGGGACUUCUUUUAAAAGAAGAUAUAGAAAAUUAAUGUAAAUUGGUAUGAUUUUUAUUUAAUCAAAAUUAUUGCUAGAAGCUCUGAGAAACAGCUAUUUUAAGAUAGUUGGGACAAUUUUUUUUUUCAGAUUCAGAUUGCUUUGCUUCAGUGUUCUAAAAUGCUUCAAUCUUUGGUUCUUGGUCUUGGAAAUUAAUUUCAAGGUGUAUCAUACUCAUUUUCAGCUGCUCUCAUUUUCUCAACUUACAUGAGCUAAAUUAUUGGGGGAUUUUUUUUUCCCCUCUAAAAUCAAAGCAGCGGGGAAGGAAUUCUGUCUCUUUUUCUUGCAUUCACUCUUGCUCUGUUUUUCUUUUUUUUUUUUCCUUUCUUUAUUUGGGCUUACAUAAGUUUUACCAAUACCCAUCAAUUUUUUCAGUAAUGACAGCAUCAAGGCUUUGUUGUUCUGUGUGAUUCCAUAGCCCAGGUCUAUGAAUCAGUUGGGUUGGGUUUUUUGUUUUGUUUUGUGGGGGUUUUAUUUUGUUUUGGUUUUGUUUUGUUUUUUUGAAAGACAAGAAUAAAGGUAUUAGGUGACUUGUGGAAGCACCUCUGUAAUCAGAGAUCUCAGAAUGUUCAGAGUUGGAAGGGACUCACCAGGAUCAGGUCCAGCUCUGAGGUGAAUGGUCCUUACAGGGAUCAAAGGACGAACUCUCAGUGAAUCCACUCUCAUGGAACCGAGCGAAUUCUCCAGAUUUGCCUUACUACACUUUUUAUUUUUCCUUUUUAGAGUUUGGUUUGAGUCGUGGGGUUGGUUUUAGGGUUUUUUUUUUUGUUUGUUUGUUUUCAUUUUUGCUAAUUACUGUACACUAAAAACAAAACCAACAAAACCCCUACCUCCAGUAUCAUUUGGAAAAGAGCCCUGUGCAGGAAAACUGGAUUUGAGCAAAGCCGCCUUUUGCACAGACCAAUCGCACAUGGUGACGGACGUUUCUUACCAUGUACAAAUCAUGAGUUGUAUUUGAAAAUAAAGAUUUUUAAUGGAA